ACAAAAAGUGAAGAAAAAACACCCUAAAUAUGUUUAGAACAACUAGGGCUGGGCAAUACGGACCAAAAAUAAUAUCUCGAUUCACUUAUACACACAAAUCUCCAGAUAGCCCACUAGGGAGAGCAGGAGGGCUUGUUAAGUUAACCCUGGUUUUCUGUAGCAGAAGAAGAGAAAGUUGGAGUCUGAUUAAACUAGUAACGAUCCACAAGUUAUUGUUUUCAAAGUUGUUUUCUCACAGAUGGGAAACAUAUGCCUGUAAGUAUGAAUUGCAUAGGCGUAUUUAAGACCAGCUGUGUUCAGCUCUCCUCACAGGAAGACUGCAGAGUGACACUGAGAAGUACGAACAGACGGUUAUCCUCACAUUUGACUUCUCCACCAUGAAGACGCUGACUGUGUCUCUGCUCGUGUGCACUACGAUUGCUCUCAUCCAGGCUUUUUUUCUUCCAGAUUACCAUCAUCAAUACCCGACACAGAAAGACACUCCAACAGUGCAACCUGCUAAUACAGAGGGCAUGUUCGGUGGCUGGGCUCCGUGGUGCCCAAGUGGAUGGAGUAUGCACAGUCAACAGUGCCUCCUCUUUGUUCCAACAAAAAUGACUUGGGAGGAGGCCAAGAAAAACUGUGGGUCUCGUGGAGGACAGCUUGCAUCUGUGUAUAAUGACCUUCAGGCUGAAGAGAUACGUAAGGAGACGCAGCGUUCUGGAUAUAAUCAUGGACAAUUUUGGGUUGGAGGACAUAACACUCCAGAGAAUCCUUCUUGGUCCUGGAGUGAUUAUAUGGGUGUUUCUGCUUUUGCUGACUUUUGUCGUGAAAAACACGAGAACCACUGUUUGCUGAUAGCUUUGGAUGAAGGAAGUAGAGAAUGCUUGGAUGACAUGAAGUGUGAGACUAAGCUCCCAUCUGUCUGUGGCUAUAUUAUCAUGUGAUCUCUCAUCUAAUGCAGUCCAGUACAUCAUCAAUCAAAACACCGAUGUCUCUCUACCACUGUGUCAUUCUCCAUAUUCCUAUUCCUAUUAUUUCUGCUUCAAAAAUAUGUCAAAUUAAAAUUUCUGCAAAUUAAAACACUUAA